AUGAACGGAAUAAAAAACGAUCAUCAGAAUGUCCAUCUAGUACAAUCAAGUCAUGGAACAGAUACGUCUGACAAACCUCAGCAAAUCGAUAUAUCAGAUGGAAAAUUUCAACAACCGAUUACAGUAGAAACAGGAGACAGUGUUGAAUUUGUAGUUAAUGCGGACGCAAAACAGUAUGAUGUUAUUCAAGUUUAUCGUGAUAGAUCGGAUUUUUAUCGGGUACCAAAUGGUAUCGAACUUCGAAAUAUCAGCAAGGAUCAGACAGGGCCUGUGUCAUUGUCGUUUGAUUUAACAAACGAUGAAAAAGGACGAGAAAUUUAUUUUUAUAUUGGUUUGUCAGCUGAUAAUACAAAAACAGAUCCAAGACAAAAAUAUCUACAAAAUACAUGUGAAAAUAAUAAAAUUAAUAUUAAGCCAGUUGACGCAAAAUUUUCUUAUCUUGACACUGAAGACAAUCGAAAAGUUUAUUUGCGAAAAAAUGAUAUUUUAGAAAUCGAUUGGAUAAAGGCAAAAGGAGCGUAUCGUAUUGAAGAAAAAAAAUAUUGUCCAGUAUCAGGCGGUCUCUAUACAAUAUCAGAUACCAGUAGUCAAACACAAAAAACAGCACAAAGGGCAACAUUUAAAAAACAGAUUGAUCAAUUGGGAAUAUCUUAUUUUAUACGUGUUGACGAACAUAAAGCUGUGAAAGAUAUCCUUGUUUGUAUUGUUGAAAACAGUUACAGAUACAAAUAUGUUCGGUUAACGGAUGAUAAUAAUGAACUAAAACCAAUAGUCAUUGAUCAAGAUGAUUGGAUUAUCUGGGAGUGGGAUACGAAAAAGAAACAAUCGAUCAAGCAAAUUGAUCCAUAUAAACUCGAUGACAAAAAUCAACACAUAGAAUUAAAGUCUGAUGGUCAUUUUUUCUGGCCUUUUGAGCCAAACAAACGUGGUAUAUUGUAUCAUCAGUUUACUGAGCCAGGUGUCUAUUCUUAUAAAGAUGCCUCAAAUAAUAUUGGGACAAUUAUCGUGGAAGCACGAACUAUAAUUUAUUCAUUACCACUUUUAGAGGGACAAUUAGUUCAUAAAGUAUCAACAAAUCAUAUGAUUCAAUUUAAUUGGACGGCCAAGCAAAGAGUUCAAGACUUUGCAAUUACACUUGAUUCUUCUUCGUCAGUCAUUCGUGAAACGCAUGGCGGAUUAGCGGGAGUAUUUGAUUGUGUUCAUCACAAAUGCCAACGAGUUGAACCAUUAUUUCGUCAACAUUUUUUCAAUUAUGAAACAUUUUUAAUGAAUAUACCAGCACAUGGAUUAUACAAUUUCAAAUAUUCAACUUCAAGUGAUGAAGAGUUAAUUAGUGUCGUGGUUGAAAAUGCUAUUGAUAAUCAUCGUGUUAGAUACAAUGCUGAUGGUUUUGAUAUUUCAACAGUAUUUAUAAAUCGACUAGAUCAUUUUUGGUUUGAGUGGGACAUUGCAACAUUAAAACAAUUACAUCAAACGGAUGAAUAUGGAAAUAAACUCAACAAUGGUUUCAGUUUGAAACCAAUAGAAAAUGGUUCACGAUGUUUAAUGAAACAAUUUGAAAAGAUUGGUGUUUAUUAUUUUUCAAAUAUUGACGAUGAUUAUGAUAAAACCAAACAGACAACGACAUCAGGUAAAUCUCAUCCACCACUGGCAAUUAUAGUAUUGCCCGAAAUUAAAUUUCAUUAUAAAACUAUACAACAACACCUUUUUGAUCCGCAACCAAUGGUAACAAAAUUAAACGAUUUUGUUAUAUGGGAGUUUCUCGAACCCAUUCAACAUAAUGUAAUACAAUUGAUGCAAACAGAGAAUAUUCAAGAUCUUGCAUCGUGUCAUGAUCGGGCCGAAAGAGGGCAAAGUCGGCAAUGUUUAGCAAUGGAAUGUGUAGACACGGGCAUUUAUUAUUUUGCUAAUCCAGAUUUCGAAAAAGUUGUGUCGUGGGACCAAGAUCGACUUAUUUCAGUCGUUGUUAUUGAUCCACCAUUCACUGAAACAUGUUUCUACGUUACAGAUACAAAAUUUAUUCCAAAUGUCCUCCAUAUUGCUCAAAUAAAAUCAAAUAAAUUUCAAGAAUCAGCAACAGUUUUUGUAUAUUCGGAGAGUGCUAUUAAGAACUACAAAAAACGUUUGCAAGAACCAAAGGUUGUUGGAGAACUUCCGGGUGCUAGCCAACAUGGUGAUGAAGUUCGAUUAGAAUGUCCAAAUCGUAGCGCAACAAUAUAUUAUACGCUCAAUGGUUCCAUUCCAACAAUACAAAAUAAUAACGUUAUGAUGUACAACAAUGCUACACAUAUUUUAUUAGAAGAGGGUGGGCUACAUAUUAUUAGAGCUUAUGCAAUUGAAGACCAAAAAUUAGCUAGUACCGUAAUGACAACAAGUCCUACAUUUGUGAUGGAAAAUGAACAACUUAAUCAUGCAAAAACAAUAUGGAAUAAUUGUAAAAUAAGUUUAACAGCUUCGUUAGCAUUGCCAAAUAAAGUCUAUGGAGAAAUUCAUAUUGAACCAGAAGUGUGUGAUUUAAUUGAUCAUUAUGAACUUUAUGUGGACGAUGUGGCCCAGAAAAUUGAUUUGAAUCCACAUGAAUUAAAUUUCUCUGCUGAGGGAUUUGCAGGAGGUGAACAAUACGAAAUUCACAUUGUUGCAUAUCCAAAAGGUGAAUUAGCGAAUGAGCAACCGAUUGUAUCCAAUAAACGCGGAUUUGAAAUUAAAAGAGAAAUCAAUGGUGGAGCUCCGUUAAUCAGUUUAGCUGUGUCUGAUCAACCGAGUACAAUAUUUUUAAUGUGGGCCCAUAUUGGUGAUCAUGCAAGUGAAUAUACAGUUUAUGUAGAUGAUAUUGCUACAAAACAACUUGUUGAAAAAGAUUUUAAUGAUUUUUUUGGAAUACAAUUUCUUGGAGCAGGUCAAAAAAAGAAAUAUAUAUUACAUGUUGAGGCGAAAAUUAGAGAUAGUAACCAAAUUUUGAAAUCAAAUAUCAUUACAGUAAAUCCUCCAUUAGAGAUGUCAUUGAGAGAACAAAUAACAGAUCGUUAUUUUGCAUAUAUUAGUGUUAAUGCAGAAAAACCACCGCCGGAUAUGCAUUUAGAAAACAGGUGCGAUUUACUAUCACCUGCCUCAAAACAAGAAAAUCGAAUUACUGCAGUCUCUUAUCCGCCAAGCACAAAUAUUAUUCAUCAAAAUAAUAUUAGUAUUAGUAGUAGUAACAUUGUUAAUCCUUCCACAUCACAAAAUACUAAUAAUGAUAAUAAAAAGAUGGAAACAUUUUCAGAACAAACAAAAGAUCGAGCUAAAAUUUUAUUUGAAAAAUUAACAACCGCCAUUAUUGAACGAAAGAAUAGUCAUAGAAAUAAUUAUACGGAAAUAACUAUGUCUGAUAAAUCCAAUGAAACAAAAAAUGUUUACUCAUCUAAGUGUAGAUGUCUACCGCAUGAAUCAUUUCCCGGUGUUGAACACUACAAACAUUCAUCCAAUAAAUUAAAACAUAAUCAACAAGAUCAUCGACAAUAUUCUCCGGUAAAAAAAGAUUUAGAACAAACUGAACCAUUAAGUUAUUCUAAACCAGUACAUAAUCAACAAAGAUUUUCAUUUUCAAAUCAACGACGUGAAUCACAAACAGCGUCGAAUAAUGAAUAUACAAAGAGACUAAAACAGCAUAAUAAAGAUGAUACAACACGAGAAGAUCCUUUCACUGAUAAACGUCCUCCUAUACCUCAACAUCAUUCAACUGUUGAAACAAAUGUUGAUGAUUAUUUUAAUGAUGCAGCAUAA